GACCUUUUCCGUGCCCAGCUGUCAUGUCACCCAAAGGAAGCAAGAGGGCUGAAACACUGUCAGGUUGCCCAAGCCCGGACAGGGGAAGUCGAGAGGCAGAGGUCGGGUUCAAACCACGGACCCUCCGUUGCCAAAAAAACUGAGGGCAAGGAGGCUCGUGAAACGAAAAAUCUUGCAAAAUACUCAACUUCAGUGUGGUGUUUGAAUACUCAGAUUCAAUCAUCAUCUACUUGGACAACUAGACAGAUUAUGGUCCAACUAGAACAGAUCGGGAGUGAAGAUCCACCCUAUUGGUCACCUGUGCAUCAAGUACAUUAUCAACAGAAGCAUCUGUUAAAAUUGGCCAAAAUCCUGGCCAUCCUGGCAUUAAAUCGUGAGUCAGAACUUUUUAUGAUAGAAUUUCCAGAGGAUGAACAAACGCGAGCUGAAACGGAGGCACUUAUCUCCUGUCUGAAGAUAAACACAUCCAGAGUGGCCACUUGUCGACAAGAAAACUCGUGA